ACUUCGUUGUCUUCAGAAGCUGCAAUUGCGAAAGAAGAUUCGAGGGUAUUGAAGCGUUUCGGGGUUUGAGAGGGGAGACUCGUAAUUCGGAAGAAAAGAUGGGGAGAGGCCUCGUAUUGGUGGGUUGCUUGGUCGCCGCAAUGCUGGCUUGCCUCGGAGGUGCGGUGGCGACGGAGUAUGUUGUCGGCGAUAGCCAUGGUUGGACCGCGCCGCCAAACAUUACUCCCGGGUAUUACGACGAGUGGGCCGCCGGCAAAACUUUCAGGGGCGGCGACACUUUGAAGUUUGUAUGGAAUGGGACGCACAACGUCGCAAACGUAACAAAAGAAGAAUAUGACAACUGCACAAAAGUGGACUCGGUGUUCGAGGGUGGCAUCGCGGUCAGUUUAACACUUCCAGCGUCAGCAAAUGGCCCGUACUAUUUCAUUUCCACCGUCGGUUCCGACUGCGAGAACGGGCAGAAGCUAGCCAUCAACGUCGUCAGCCUGACCCCGACCGAGUCACCGAAUGGCUCGGCUUCCUCUAUCGCCAUCGGCGCCUUUUCCAUGUUGGUUCUCGUGUCAUCAAGCAUCAUAGCAAUGUUUAUGAACUAGAUUUGGGGUCAUAGAGGAGGAGAAUACUGUGAUUUUCCUUUCUUAGCUCAUGUUAAUUUGGUUUGUUCAGUGGUCAUCCAUUCGUAUUCGUUUAUUGUAUGGAAUAAAAAGAGGCAAACAGUGAUGCUAGCCUUCUCAAUUUUCAAAUAAGUUCAUUUGUCCCUCAUUUGACGAACAUCUU